AAAUGACUGAAAUGUAAAAUGUAAGAAAAGGUAUCUACUGCCACCUGCUGCCUCUAGAUGCCUCUGACAACGCAGCAAGGUUUCAUGGGAAAAGUGCACCACUUCAGUCUGAUUCAUUCUAAGGAGCGAGCUAAUCAAAACAAUGAAGGCAAUCAUUCAAAGAGUGACAACAGCGAGCGUGUCAGGUGAGUAACGCUAUCUACUUAUUAUUAUUAUUUUCUAUAUCGCUCAUAGUGUCAAUGAAUGGUAAUUCUUCACCGGUAGGCAUGUUGCAGGCAGCACAGAGGAUUGCUAACGUUAGCUAGCUUGGUAGCCGCACGGCUAUCCAAUCAUUUAUUUAUAAAACCAUUUUUCAGUGGUGUAAAGUACUUCAGUAAAAACACUUUAAAGUACUACUUAAGUCGUUUUUGGAGGUAUCUGUACUUUACUAUUUAUAUUUUUUGCCAACUUUUACUUUCAUUUCACAACAUAAAGAAAAUAAUGUACUUUUUACUCCAUACAUUUUCCCUGACACCCAAAAGAACUCGUUACAUUUUGACAGGAAAAUGGUCCAAUUCACACACUUAUCAAGAGAACAUCACUCUACUCUACUGCCUCUGACUCACUACGGUAAACACAAAUGCUUCGUUAGUAAAUUAUGUCUGAGUGCCCCUGGCUAUCCGUAAAUAUAAUAAAACAAGAAAAUUGUGCCGUCAGGUUGACUUAAUAUAAGGAAUUUGGAGUGAUUUAUACUUUUUCUUUUGAUACUUAAGUAUAUUUGAGAAAUUCCAUUUACUUUUGAUACUUAAGUAUAUUUAAAACCAAAUACUUUUAGACUUUUACUCAAGUAGUAUUUUACUGGGAGACUUUCACUUUCUAUUGUCAUUUUCUAUAAAGGUACAGUAUCUUUACUUUUACUCAAGUAUGACAAUUGAGUACUAUUUCCACCACUGCCGAUUUUACAUCAGGAGAUGUCAGAAAUUGCUUAUACAGAAAUCCAGCCUAAAAACCCAAAGAACAAGCAAUGUAGAUGUAUAAGCACGGUGGCUAGGAAAAACUCUCUAGAAAGGCAGGAACCUUGGAAGAAACCUAGAGUGGAACCAGGCUCUGGGGGGUGGCCAGUCCUUUUCUGAUUGUGCCGGGUGGAGAUUAUAAGAGUACAUGGCCAUUAAGACUGGAUUGUUCUUCAAGAUGUUCAAACUUUCAUAGAUGACGAGCACGGUCAAAUAAUAAUCACAGUGGUUAUAGAGGGUGCAACAGGUCAGCACCUCAGGAGUAAAUGUAAUUCCCACUUUUUGAGAACCUGGCUAAAGAGCUGUAGCUAUAUGCCAUGCUGAAUUGCCCCAAUAUGUAAUGAUGUGUGUACUGACAUGUCCAACGACUAUUAGCUCUAGGUAGGUUCACACUGAAAGUGGUCGUCACUAGUUACCACAGCCACAAAGUCAUAAACCCUGCCUAUUCCUACAAUUUAUCUGCAUAAAAUGUGAUUUGAAACCUAACCUUAACACUAACCACAAUGUUAACCUUAUGCCUAACCUUAAAUUAAGACCCCAAAGCACAUUUGUGCUUUCAUGAAUGUUUACGAUGUAGCCAAAUGUGACUUUGUGGCUGUGGUAACUAGUGAUAAUCCUUGUUGAAUCUCCCAGAUACUGGACUGUACUGCACUGCAGCAGCCUACCACUACUUGCAAGACUGUCAGUGUGUGCUAGAUUAACCACACUUUUUGAGGAGGAUGUGUCUGACACUGAAUAUGAAAAGGACUACAUUAUUUUAUUGAUUUGAUCAUUCUGUCCUGUGUUGUUACAGUGGGAGAGCUGCAGAUCAGCUCAAUAGGCAGAGGACUGUGUGUGUUGCUGGGUAUAUCCAUGGAGGACACACAGAAGGAUGUUAACUACAUGUGAGUGUGGGUUCAUUCAGUGACAAAACAUUGUCUGUGCACUACAGUACUGUAGCCCUUCGCCUACAUAGGCAGGGCAUAUGGGCCAGGUCAGGUUCAUAUCUGUAAUAGGAAUUUGUAAGAAACAGUAGCAUUCACUUAGAGGUAUUCUUUUGUAUUUAGCCCAUUAAGAUUCUAUUAAAUUAGUUCUAUAUUUCUAUAAAUUCUAUGCCCCAUAAUGCAUCUCUCUGCUUCUCAGGGUUCGUAAGAUCCUCAACCUGCGUCUGUUUGAGGAUGAGAACGGCCGGGCGUGGAGCAAAAGCGUAAUGGACAGGGAAUAUGAAGUCCUAUGUGUCAGUCAGUUCACUCUACAGUGCAUACUUAAGGGUAACAAGCCUGAUUUCCAUGCUGCCAUGCCUGCAGAGCUGGCCCAGCCCUUCUAUAAUAACAUCCUGGAACACCUGAGGAGCACCUACAAGCCUGAGAUGAUCAAAGGUGGGUGAACACACAGAACUAAAUAGAAAACUAUAUUACUAUGGGUGAACAUCACUGACUGACACUGCAGGCAUAAAGUCUGCUACAUAGGUACUAGGCCUAUAUCAGCUGCUAUAACUAUAUCACAAGCUACUAUACAAGCCUGAGAUGAUCAAAGGUGGGUCGGUAUCACUGGCUAAUACACGGCAGGCAGCCUAGAGGUUAGAGCAUUGGUACAGUAACCGAAAGGUUCCUUGUUCGAAUCCCUGAGCCGGCAAGGUGUAAAACUCUGCCGUUCUGCCCUUGAGCAAGGCAGUUAACCGCGACAACAACUGCUCCUCGGGUGCCGAUGAUGUCGAUUAAGGCAGCCCCCCGCACCUCUCUGAUUCAGUGGGGUUGGGUUAAAUGCGGAAGACACAUUUCAGUUGAAUGCAUUCAGUUGUACAACUGUCUGGGUAUCAGUGUUCCCUCUAAGCUGCAUGCAGCUCCCAUCAGACUGCCGAGCAGAAGAAAUAUCCGCCCGGCCAGAGAAGCAUGAGUUUAAACUUCACUCACCUUUCUUGAGUUUUCCCCUUUAGUUAACACUAUCAACAUUUCACUCUACUGUGGGAAUUGUGACCGAAUCAACGCAAUGUUAACCAAUUUCAAUGUAACAUACCGACAUAAAACAAACUAUGCAAGACUUGAUAUACAAAACUAACUGCAAGAUAUUUUCUUGUAAGCAGAGCGCAUUGGAGUAGGAUUCUGUUACAUUGACAGGCAAGACUCAGGCCCAUACUCUACACAGACCGGUACGCCAUAACCAAUCAGAGCUGCAGUAGGCCCAUAUGCAAAUAGCCAUUGCCAUAUAUGGAUCUGUGUCGUUCACUUUGAACUGGUCCGUAUUUAGGCUACAGUAUGAGCUGUCGCGAGUAGAUGCGCUAGGGGGGGUCCUAAUGUUUGUUAUACUCAGUGUAUAUUACAAUAUCACUAUAUCUAUCUACAGGCCUGGGCUGAUAAAGAGUUGGGCUGGGUGAGCAUCCCUGGCUAACUCUGCAAGAUGAGCCAUAUAUAGAGUUUUAAAAAUAGACUACUAUUGAACAGAAUUUCACAUCCAGUGACCCGAAAGUGUUGAGGACACGUUGCUGUGUAGGCAGUUUGUGGGCACAGAGAAAUGGACUCUCAUAAGACACUCUAGAUAGGAAAAGCCUAAAUGAAGAUAUCAAUUUCAUAGCUAAUAGGCACAAUUAUCUUGGGGAUUUAAUAGAUGGUAAAAGCAUCAGCAUUCUUCUAAGUGUGUGGUUUUAAUAUUUAAUAGCAUUGGGUCAAUGUUUUGCUCGAUCAGGGUUAUGAUGGAUUGCAAAAGGUCAUUUGUUCAAGCAAAGAUGUGAAGCUACACUGAACAAAAAUAUAAACGCAACAUUUCGAAGAUUUUACUUAGUUACAGUUCAUAUAAGGAAAUCAGUCAAUUGAAAUAAAUUCAUUAGGCCCUAAUCUAUGGAUAUCACAUGACUGGGCAGGGGCGCAGCCAUGGGUGGGCCUGUGAGGGCAUAGGCCCACCCACUUGGCAGCCAGGCCCACCCACUGGGGAGCCAGGCCAAGGCAAUCCAAAUUAGUUUUUUCCCACAAAAGGGCGUUAUUACAGACAGAAAUACUCCUCAGCACAAACCCCCCCCAGACGAUCCCGCAGGUGAAGAGGCCGGAUGUGGAGGUCCUGGGCUGGCAUGGUUACACGUGGUCUGCGGUUGUGAUGCCGGUUGGACGCACUGCCAAAUUCUCUAAAACGAUGUUGGAGGCAUCUUAUGGUAGAGAAAUGAACAUUCAAUUAUCUGGCAACAGCUCUGGUGGACAUUCCUGCAGUCAGCAUGCCAAUUGAACACUCCCUCAAAACUUGAGACAUCUGUGGCAUUGUGUUGUGUGACAAAACGGCGCCUUUUAUUGUCCCCAGCACAAGGUGCACCUGUGUAAUGAUCAUGCUGUUUAAUCAGCUUCUUGAUAUGCAACACCUGUCAGGUGGAUGGAUUAUUUUGGCAAAGGAGAAAUGCUCACUAACAGGGAUAUAAAGAAAUGUGUGCCCAAAAUAUGAGAGAAAUAAGCUUUUUGUGCGUAAGGAACAUUUCUGGGAUUUCUUUUUUUAGCCAAAUACAACAGGUGUAGGUAGACCUUACAGUGAAAUGCUUACUUACAAGCCAUUAACCAACAAUGCAGUUUUAAGAUAGAAUACCAAAAAAUAUAUAUACAGUGCCCUCCACAAUUAUUGGCACCCCUGUUUAAGAUGUGGUCGAGGACUUCCAAAAAUUCUCAUUUUUUUUAAACAACAUAGAACCCAAAUGCAAAAAAAGAGAAAAAUCCAACCUUUUAUUUAAGUACAUUACUUUGGUGUAAAAAAAUAAAAUCACACAUUUAGAAAAAAAAAAACUUGAAAUCAUGUGUCCCACAAUUAUUGGCACCCCUGAUGUUAAUACUUUGUACAACCCCCUUUUGCCAACAAGACAGCACUUAAUCUCCUCCUAUAACAUUUCACAAGAUUGGAGAACACAGAGAGAGGGAUCUUUGACCAUUCUUCUUUGCACAAUCUUUCUAGAUCAUCCAGUGUCCUGGGUCCUCUCUUAUGCACUCUCCUCUUUAGCUCGCCCCACAGGUUUUCGAUUGGGUUGAGGUCUGGGGACUGAGAUGGCCAUGGGAGGACCUUGAGUUUGUGACUGCUGAACCAUUUUUGUGUAGAUUUUGCCACAUGUUUUGGAUCAUUAUCAUGCUGAAAGACCCAAUGACGACCCAUCUUCAGCUUUCUGGCAGAGGCCAUCAGGUUUUUAUUUAAAAUGUCCUGGUAGUUCAAAGCGUUCAUAAUGCCAUGCACCCUAACAAGGUUCCCAGGGCCUUUGGAAGAGAAACAGGCCCACAGCAUCACAGAUCCUCCACCAUACUUCACGGUGGGCAUGAGGUGCUUUUCGGCAUACUCAUCUUUUGUUUUACGCCAGACCCACUUAGAGUGUUUGUUGCCAAAAAGCUAAAUCUUAGUCUCAUCUGACCAAAGCACACGAUCCCAGUUGAAGUCCCAGUGCCGCUUAGCAAACUCCAGACGUUUACGUUUGUGAGUGUUAGUGAGAAAAGGCUUUUUCCUUGCAUGCCACCCAAACAGCUUGUUGGCAUGUAGAGAGCGUCUGAUGGUUGUUUUGGAGACUUUGUGACCCCAAGAUGCCACUCUUUGAUGCAAUUCUGUGACAGUGAGCUUAGGACUUUUUUUUACUUCUCUUACCAUCCUCCUCACUGUGCGUUGUGGCAAGAUAAACUUGGGACCUCUUCCAGCCUUGUUUGUCACUGUUCCAGUUGUUUUAAACUUCUUAAUGAUUCCUCUGACUGUAGAUACGGGCAAGUUAAGGCGAGUGGCUAUUUUCUUGUAGCCAUUGCCUGACUUAUGAAGGUCGACACAAAUCUGCCUUACUUGAAUGGUGUGUUCUCUUUGCCAUGUUGACAAAUGGGUAAGAGAAUUAGGCCUCUGUGUCACGUCAUAUUUAUACCCCAGGGAAACAGGAAGUCAUGAAUUACUAAUUAAAAGUUCCUAGAUACCCUGACCAACUUUAGCAACUACAGAAAAAUAUAUUUUUAAAAAAAAUCUAUAAAAAUUUUCAGCGGAAUUGUUAGGGGUGCCAAUAAUUGUGGGACACAUGAUUUCAAGUAUUUUUUUUUCUAAAUGUGUGAUUUUUUUUUUUUACCACCAAAGUAAUGUACUUAAAUAAAAGGUUGGAUUUUUCUCUUUUUUUUGCAUUUGGGUUCUAUGUUGUUUAAAAAAAAUGAGAAUUUUUGGAAGUCCUCGACCACAUCUUAAACAGGGGUGCCAAUAAUAGUGGAGGGCACUGUAUAUAAAAAAAUUGAAGUAACAAAUAACUUAAGAGCAGCAGUAAAAUAACAAUAGCGAGGCUAAAUACAGGGGGUACCGGUACCGAGUCAAAGUGCGGGGGCACCGGUUAGUCGAGGAUGGGACCAACACUUUCCAUGUUGCGUUUAUAUUUUUGUUCAGUGUAAUUGAUAGCAAAAGGUCAAUAUCACAAACACCUGGAGAACUCUAGUGAAUAGAAGGGUUGCUGUUCAUAGCUUGGGGAAUUGAGACACUAGUUUAAGGAUUGACCAGGGUUAGGGUAGAUAAGCCAAUGCAUUCCUAUGGGAAAUAGCCCAGACUACAGGGUCACAUGCAGUAGCCUAUAUCCUUAAGGUCACUCAAGACUCGACUCCUUACCUGAAAGGCUCGGAUAUUUAGCUUUAAUCGCCGUGCUUCUCCGGUUUGCAAUACAGAGGUUCCAUACAUAUCAUUGUUUGAGUCGUUAGUGAAUGGUCUAGUUCACAGCAUAUAGAUAAGUGUUCUAUUUAAUUCUAUGGGUCACAGUGCAAGGAUUAUGGUGGUUCCACAUUGGGGUGGUUUUCUUUUAUCAGGUUGUAGUUGGUGAUGGUGUUUGGUGUUGAAUUGGGUCAAGCCACCAGGGAGAAGGUGUAGUGGAGAAACUCUGUGUCCCUGCUUGUAGUGGGACACAAGCUCUCUAAUUAGUAUUCUCACUGCCAAGGUCCAAUCCCCUGAGUGGGAGAAACAAGAUGAUUCGGCACUUUUUAGAACACAACACCCAGCCACUGGUUUCGUGGGCAGAUGGUGUAAUAAAUCUAAGCAUACCUGGGCGAAAGGGGAACAUUUAAGUAUAAACUUCCUGUCUUAUUGUGUCUUAACACCCUCCACUCCCAUAUCCCUGCUGUACUGAGAUGCCACCUGCUUAUAAAUCAUUGCUAUAGAUUAAUAUGCACAAUAAGCAAACUGCAGUGGCCAUUACUGGAUGGAAACGUUAAGCGUUGUCAUUUAUAUUGGCCUAUAGAGGAAGGGGGGGGAAACAAAGGAGGAUGUAUUAAGGUUAACCUUUACAUUCUCCUUUUGUCUUGUGUUUUUAGACGGGCAGUUUGGGGCCAAAAUGCAGGUUCACAUCCAGAAUGACGGACCAGUCACCAUCGAGCUGGUGUCUCCUUCUGCUCCCAUGGACCCCAAACAGGUACAGUUGAUGUUGUUGAUGCUGUUGAUUUCUGCAAGAAGAAGUUGGCCCAUGGUGUAUGAUGGUGUCAUAUUGCGGAGUCUCCCUUUAGUAGGCUAUGUAUAUUGCUAGACUAUAUUUGUUUUGAGUGGUUCAGAAGUUCUCAGCACUCACUGUCUAUCCUGCUAUCCUCCAGCAGGUGGUGCUGCAGGUCUAACUUCUCCUGGUAGUAACAGAUGGAGAACAGAUCCUGAUCAACGUGCAAAGCUGCACUAUUGCUUUUCUUAGUGCAGUGUUAGUCAAUCUCUGGUCCAUAGACCGGCACCGCUCCAUGGAAUGUGGCUUACUGGUUCCUGAGAUAGCUGUCGGACAUUUAGUUGGUCAGUUUUCUGUUGUAAUUUUAGUACCUGGCUCCAAGGAGGAGAACCAUAGAUUUCCCAGUCCCUGGUACAAAAAACGAUCCUGAUACUGUAGAUGUGUACUGAUUUAUCCCAUGAAUCUGUCCUGCUCUGUCCCAGCACCCCUCUGGCCUAGCUGAAAGACCACUGAUUGGCCAAAACACACUCUGAAAGGUUUGAGUUGUCAUGUGUCAGAAGUGUGUGUGUGUGGGCGACAUAACAUAUGAUUGGCAGGUCAGGGCGAGGGGGAGGGGGCGAGUCGCCACCACAUGGGUGCCCCCACUCUCCCCACAGGGAUCGGUUGACUCCUGAGUGACUGUGCACUCUGUUACCAUGACGACAGCCUCCGCAGGGGAGACUCAGGCCAUGUUGGCUAAGAAAUAUAUUUUAAUGUGGAAUAAUGAUUUAUGAGAUCUGAUGUAUAGCCUAAGAGUGACAAGUUCACCCACAAUGUUAUAUUAAUAAUGGAUGUCCUCUCUUAGGGCCAGUUUCCUGGCUCAAUCUAAAUUCACCAUUGAACAUGCUUUCAGGACUAGGCUUAAUCCUGAUCCAUGAAACCAACCUUUGUGUAUUACUGUGCAUCUGUUUUUGAAUGGUAAACUAUGUGAAAGGUCAUUUAAGUUUAUUGUAGGCAAUCUAUCCAUCCUUAAACAUGACAAAUGGAUAACCAUUGGGUAACACUGCUGAUUCCACAGUAUCUCCCAGUCCUGUUGUGUAACACAGUAGGAUUUGAAGGACCUAAAGCCUAGAUUAAUGUGUUACACCACCACAUCUACUUUAAGACAUCGCUCUACCAUCCAAACAGCAGAAAGUAGUCUGGACCACUGCAAAUAGCAGCAGCCAUGAGGGAGUAGGGACAUCCCUCCCUGCUUCUCCUAAACCGUCCGCUUCACAUUGUAUUUUAUUCAGUGAGUCAUUUGAAAUUGUAGUGUUUUAGUUAUUUAUGCAUUGUUGAAGACCUCCUGAAUGUGAUUCCAGUCACUUCCGUGUGUGUGUGUAUGAGUGUGUGUGCAUGCGUGGUCUUUGUGUCUGUGUGUGUGUAAACUUGGCUGACUGCUCGAUCCAAUGGAUGUAAGCGGCAGUCCUCAGAAUUUUAAUCUUGUCUGUUUUGGAUGUUUGGGAUGUUGUUGUGCAGUUAGAGGGGAGUAUGCCAAGACUGAGAGGAUCACGGGUCAACUGGGGGAGCAGCUUAAACACACACACACACACUCUCCCUUUCCAUGAAUCAGAAGCUUUAUCCUAUACUAGGAGAGGGACAACAGAGCCUAGAAAACAAUAGCAUUAAAUCAAGUUAUCCUGUUUCCAUUGUUCAGUGAAAGUAAUUUUGACUACGAAACAGUGGUCUUAAUCACUGAAAUGUCAUGUGAUCGUUUUUGUAAUCAUUUUUAUUGGGGGUGUUCAAAGCAACACGACACCCUGGGUAGGAUGGUAUCAUUGAGAGGUGUAAUGAGAAAGAUUUGCUAGCUAGCUAACCGCGAUGGAGUUGGUACGGGGAUAACUAGAUACAUGGUGGUUUUGGAGUCUUAUUCCCCUUAAAUAAUGAAGAGUUUGUGGGAUGUUGUGGCUUUAGCAUGACAUUUAAGUCAUACAUAUUUCCUGUGGUGCUCAUGAAAGUUUUAGCAUGUAUGUUUACAGACCUUUAGUGUAGAGUUGUUGUUUAAUGUUCACUGAGCAGAACAGAGAUGGCUGCUACAGUAGUUUCCUCAGAGAGGAGUUCAGUAGAUUAGCCUUGCAGCUAACCAUAGAUGGUGAGUGAAUGGGAAGAUGAAUCAGCUCUUUCUGAGUGUGACCGCUUUAUAUUGUCAAGACAGUUAUUGCUUCAUGGAAAUGAUCAUGGCUUCUGAAAAUAGCAGCACGGUGAAAAAAAGCUCUGAUGUUUAUUUCUCUUUCUUGUUCUGCCCUUGUCUUUUCUUUUUCAUCCUCUCUUCUGAGGACAUUUGUUUUUAUGUAGCCAAUUAUUUUAUACAGUUAUACAUAGCUAGGUCCCUGGGUUUUUCAUGGACUUGUGACUUGACCAGUAAAAACAGGUCACGUGACCAUGAAAAACUCAGGUCCCAACUAACGCAUUAGAUCAAUCAAAGUUUUGUCCUUCUCUUUUCAACACUUUAUUUCUGUAUUUCUUCUCAGCUUGCUAAGCAGGAGAAACAGCAGCAGUGGAAAGAGAAGACGCGCUCUAAAGGACCCUUGGAGUCAGGCAGGGAGAGGGCCGCCCCGCACCCCAGAGAACAGGACCCUAACGCCAGCAGUGGAGCAGACGGAGACGUGUCGUCAGAGAGGGAGACCUAGGGCAGCACGGUGAGCCUGGAGAGAGACACGCACACACACGCACACACACACACACCCAACCUGCUGUACAGGUAGUGCUAUAGGACUAAUACAAAAACUGUACAAAUAAAUAACCAAUACAGUUGUCCUCUGUUUUGGAGGGGUGAGGGCAGGUUAAAGUAGUGGUAUCCAGUGCUGGUACAAAACACUUUACAUCGCUGGUCCUUUAUUGAAGCCUCUGGAGUUCUAUGUAUUGACUACAUGGAGAAAUAACCAUCAAUCCACAUUAGUGAAUUUUAUACAGGUGAUCCUCCAUGUUAUGUUGCCAUUUGUAGUGAAAUCCAGAUGAGGUGUUUCUUGUACAGCUCAGAUAUUAAGGCUGUCAGCUUGUUACCUGUAUAAAAGACACCUGUCCACAGAAGCAAUCAAUCAAUCAGAUUCCAAACUCUCCACCAUGGCCAAGACAAAAGAGCUCUCCAAGGAUGUCAGGGACAAGAUUGUAGACCUACACAAGGCUGGAAUGGGCUACAAGACCAUCGCCAAGCAGCUUGGUGAGAAGGUGACAACAGUUGGUGCGAUUAUUCGCAAAUGGAAGAAACACAAAAGAACUGUCAAUCUCCCUCGGCCUGGGGCUCCAUGCAAGAUCUCACCUCGUGGAGUUGCAAUGAUCAUGAGAACGGUGAGGAAUCAGCCCAGAACUACACAGGAGGAUCUUGUCAAUGAUCUCAAGGCAGCUGGGACCAUAGUCACCAAGAAAACAAUUGGUAACACACUACGCCGUGAAGGACUGAAAUCCUGCAGCGCCCGCAAGGUCCCCCUGCUCAAGAAAGCACAUAUAAAUGCCUGUCUAAAGUUUGCCAAUGAACAUCUGAAUGAUUUAGAGGAGAACUGGGUGAAAGUGUUGUGGUCAGAUGAGACCAAAAUGGAGCUCUUUGGCAUCAACUCAACUCGCCGUGUUUGGAGGAGGAGGAAUGCUGCCUAUGACCCCAAUAACACCAUCCCCACCGUCAAACAUGGAGGCGGAAACAUUAUGCUUUGGGGGUGUUUUUCUGCUAAGGGGACAGGACAACUUCACCGCAUCAAAGGGACGAUGGACGGGGCCAUGUACCGUCAAAUCUUGGGUGAGAACCUCCUUCCCUCAGCCAGGGCAUUGAAAAUGUGUCGUGGAUGGGUAUUCCAGCAUGACAAAGACCCAAAACACACGGCCAAGGGAACAAAGGAGUGGCUCAAGAAGAAGCACAUUAAGGUCCUGGAGUGGCCUAGCCAGUCUCCAGACCUUAAUCCCAUAGAAAAUCUGUGGGGGGAGCUGAAGGUUUGAGUUGCCAAACGUCAGCCUCGAAACCUUAAUGACUUGGAGAAGAUCUGCAAAGAGGAGUGGGACAAAAUCUUUCUAUGCUUGGAUACAAAAGGCACUUAUGCAAUCAUUAGACUGGUCCUUUAUGUAACUUGCAAUAAACCACUGAGAGCUCUCUUAUCCGCCCCGACCCAUAGACGACCCUACGCCAGCAGCAGACGAACGUUCGUCAGAGAGGGGACUAGGGCAGACGUGAGCCUGGAGAAGAACGCACAACAACACACACACAACACCAACUGCUGUACAGGUAGUGCUAUAGGACUAAUACAAAAUGAAUACGUUCCCUGUUUGGAGGGGAGGGCAGGUAAGUCGUGUAUCUAGUGCUGGUACAAAACACUUUACAUCGCUGGUCCUUUAUUGAAGCCUCUGGAGGUCCUCUAUGUAUUGCACAUACAUGGAUGAAAUGGAACCACUUCAAUCCACAUUAGUGAAUGUUGUACUACACCUGGUCGUGAAUCGCUCCAUGUUAUUGUUGCCAUUGUAGUGAAAUCCAGAAGGAGGCUGUUUCUUAUACAAUUGCUCAGAUCCCCAGAUUAGAGGGCUUUGCUCUUAUUCAUCCCCAGCGUUUGUUUGUUUACUCGUUUAAAAACCGAGAAGUGGAGUCACUGACUUAGUCAGUCAGCCUCUGCUUGGCCGAGCCUGUGUUGUGAUGUGUUCCCGACCCCGCCUUACCCCGUGUUGGGGUCAAAGUGCAGUGACCCGUGGUGUAGUUGGUGUGGCAUCGGAGCGAACACACCACCACACGACGUCACUACUGGGUGACGCAUUCUCUCUUUCAUAACCAUGCACAUACAUACACAGAUACAUGCACACUCACACUUACAUCAUGCGUACGCAAACACAUUAUACACACACGGUACAUACAAUAUAUGUAAUUUACACACACACACCCCAUGUCCCUCAUGGCUCUUCGUACUCUGCCUCCGGCGGUAUCCCAGACUCCCCGGUGGUGAGGACACUGUAUUCCCCUCACUUUGAGAGAGAGAGAGGGAGAGAGACUAAAGAAAUAUGCCGCAAGACAUCCGCAAGGCCUCCCCGAGAUGGUUACAUAAGGGCACUUUGUCUGACAGAGUGCGAAAGCCCAGAGGGGGACAGAGAGGGGUAAAGUGAGGUAGAGUGUGACAGAUUGAGAGUUGUUGUUCAUUUUUCACUUUCGGGGGGGAAACGCAAAGGCAGCAGUUCUCUGUGUGUGUGUGUGAUAAGCGAGCUCAGACUUGAACUUGAAGGUAGAGAAAUGCUCUCUCUCCUCCUCAUCUCUUACUCUCCUUUCCUCUCCUCUCUCUCGCUUCCUCAGUUCAGUCACUUUAUUUUUAAAGGGGAUAUUUGUCUCCCUGAGGUUUGCUUACUAUGACUUAAACAUGAGCAGUGUGCACCACUGUGUGUCUCAGAAUGAUUAGAGUCAUUUUGUGACAAGUUUCCGCCCUAUCUUCCCUCACUUCCUUCCUGCCUACAAUGUUCUAUUUAGAUGAAACGUUCUUGUGGUACUGUUACUGCAAGAAUCGCCCUGCUCUCACCACUACAACUACUGCUCUUUACACUACCACCACUCCUACUAAUGCUACAAUGUCCAAUGCUACUAUGUCCAAUACAACAACAGACUAGCUGCUUCAGUAGUUUCCUCAGAGAGGAAUUCAGUAGAUUAGCCUUGCAGCUAACCGUAGAUGGUGAGUGAAUGGGAAGAUGAAUCAGCUCUUUCUGAGUGUGACCGCUUUAUAUUGUCAAGACAGUUAUUGCUUCAUGAAAAUGAUCAUGGCUUCACGGUGAAAAAAAGCUCUGAUGUUUAUUUCUCUUUCUUGUUCUGCCCUUGUCUUUUCUUUUCCAUCCUCUCUUCUGAGGACAUUUGUUCUGGAUAAUGGCACCUGCUAAUUGAUGUUCCAUAUAUGAAUAUACUGAUAAUGAUGUGUGUUGUAUCUUAUAGAUUUACUAUAUUGAUGAUGGGAGGAGCCCAGUCUGCCAAAAUGGACUUAAUCUACAGAGACUGUGAGACGUGACUCUGGACUGUCCUCCUGUAAGAACUUAUUGGCCUCUUCCUCUCUAUCUUUCUCUACAACAGUGGCACUCUCUGCCUUGUACCCUCUCUGCCACUGUCUUCCUCUACUCAAAGACAUGGAACCUUCCACCCAAAAUGCGAUGGCACCUAUGGCAGAGAGGGAAAGUGGCAUCACAAGAUGGAGAUGGAGGAGAUUCCCUCACCUUACUUUUGUAGUUCUUGUCUUAAUUUGAUAUUUAUGAAUGUUAUGAACAUUAUAUGCUAUGCUGUUGUUUAGUGGAUUCGAAUGGAAAUGUUGUCAUUUUAUAAAAGAAAACAUGGUGUGUGGACCUAUGCUGUGUUUCUUGUCUGUGUG